CUUCUUUGUCACACUUUAGUCGAUGAUUGACAAGUUCUCCGGGAAGAUGGAAGAGCACGUAUUUGGUUAAGGUUAAGAAGAGUGUUCAAUAAGGCACAAGAUUUGUUGCCAAGAUGAGUAAGAUGUAUACAACCGCCAACCUUUCGGACAAAGAAUUAAAAGAAGAAGGAAAUCGUCUUUUCAAUCUUCACAAAUACGAGGAUGCUGCGCACUGCUACACCAAAGCAAUUAUUAAAAAUCCAACCCAAGCACUAUACUUUACGAACCGAGCGCUGUGUAACCUGAAAUUGAAACGAUGGGAAUCGUCCUGUCUAGACUGCAGACGUGCUCUCGAUAUCGAUCCAUGUCUGGUGAAGGGUCAUUUUUUCUUGGGUCUAGCUCUUCUUCAAAUGGAACUCUUUGAUGAAGCUGUUAAACAUUUACAGAGAGCUGUGGAUUUGGCCAAGGAGCAAAAGCUAAAUUAUGGAGAUGAUAUGACCAGCAUUUUAAGGCAAGCGCGAAAACGUUGUUUCCAAUUGAGAGAAGAACAGAGAAUUGCACAAGAUAUUGAAUUACAAUCAUAUCUCAAUCAAUUGAUAGUAGAAGAUGCUGAACGAAGUUUAGCAGCUUUAAAGGAGCAAGAAGCAGCUAAAGAUGCAGAUGGUAAAAGUGAAGGGGAAGCUUUGUCUAUUGAAUUAACAAAAAAGAAAGAAGAGGUAGAAGAAAAAAGAGAUAUGUAUAUGGCUCACCUUAAUGAUCUAUUUGCAAAAGUAGAUGAAAGAAGAAGGAAACGAGAGGUACCUGAUUAUUUAUGUGGUAAAAUUAGUUUCGAAAUUUUGCAAGAACCUGUAAUAACGCCAAGUGGAAUUACGUAUGAACGAAAAGACAUUGAAGAACACUUACAAAGGGUGGGACAUUUUGACCCAGUUACUAGAGUUCGUUUAACUCAGGAUCAAUUAAUCCCUAACUUAGCAAUGAAGGAAGUAGUAGAUACAUUCUUGCAAGAAAAUGAAUGGGCAUUAUAUUAUUAAUAUGUAAAGUUAGGUCACCACCAUAUUUUUAUGAUAAAUAAUUACAUCUAUAUUACGAUUAUUUUUGGGUCCUGUUAUUUUAUGUAAAUGUGCAUAUCAUUGCCUUGUCAACAGUAACUACAUCAUAUAUUUAUAUGAAAUUAAACUUAAUUCUUUUUUAUAUUAAUAGAAUGUAUUUAAUUUAUACAUGUGCAAUCAUUGAUUAAUUAAAUAAGAUUGACAAAUCAAAAUUUUUGAGAAAUAUUUCUUUUAGUUGAUGAAUUUGUGUAUUUAUAUAUGAAAUAUUGAAAAUAGUGCACAUAAUACCUUCAAAUGGGCUGUUAAGUAAUAUAGGUCAUAUAAGAGUGUUAAAACUGUAUAUGUUUUUCUGAUAAAUAAUAAAUUUAUUGUUUGAUGUAUAA